CAAAAGAGAACUUUCAGUUGUUUGCCAACGUUCUAAGCGUGUUGGGGACACUUUACUUCGCACCGUGGAGCUUGGCCAGCCGCCGCGGCAUAGUAAAGCGAAGCAAACAAGCGAGCGAGCGAGCAAGUGAAUCCGAUAUAACUGCAUGGAGCCCCAGUGCUAGCGCCAGCACCAGUGAGCUCCCCGGUGUUUGGGAUUUGUUGUGUUACAUAUCCACUAUAUAAAUAAAGUAUAAAAUUCAAGCGCGCGCUUGUGUUUCUGUGUGUGUGUGUGUGUGUGUGUGUGGCGUUCAUGCAAAGUGGAAAAUUAAGAAGAAAAAUAAAAGCUUGUAAAAGAGCAAAGUGACAAAGUGUGUGAAUAAGCGCAGUAACGCCAGUACCAUCCAGCAGCAGGAGUAGCAGCAAAAGACUACGCAAAAGGUUUUCUUAUAAUUUUUGUUUAAUCGAAGAAAGUGAAAUUCUCCUUCCCCAACUGCUUUGCAAAAAAAAAAACAAAGCUCUUAUUGAAUGCAAAUAAAGAAAUUCAAUCCAAAAUUAAGUGAAAUUUGUUUGCAUCGGCAUUCGCAAAAUUGGUGAAGUGAAGUGGAGUGGAGUGGAGUGAAGUUAUCGUUCGAUUCGUUGUUGUAUUGCUUGCUGAUAGCUGUUUUGUGAGCGCGUCACGGUGUAAAGCGGUAAAAUAAGAGGUGGGCGUGUGAAAAGCGGGUGUGUCGUUGCCGUUGCUGGUGUAGUUACAGGAUUCGGGGUGAAUAUGGCGCCGGGCGUAUGUGUAACAAGUUUCCGUAUGUUAAUGCGGCGAACGGAAUUGAGUAGCCAUCUAUGCCGUGGACUGCGGCUAACACCAACCGGGCCGUAUUUGCUGAAUUCUUGGAGCACCAGACGAUAUUGCAAGCAAAGCGAUGAUGCGUCAAAAGAGGAGCAACCACAACGUACAGGCAAAACUAAAACAGUUAAUGAAAAUGCGGGCCCGACCGCCAAAGAGAGCAGCCUUUUAUCGAAAAGCAUGCAAGCACAUAAUUUAAAUACAAAUCAAUUGCUUAAAGCAGAUGAAAAUCGCUCAAAAGAGGGCGGCGAUCUUACACAAUUGAAAAUUUCACAGUUGCGCGCUGAACUACGCGCGCAUGGUUUGAGUCCUGUUGGCAAAAAGGAUGUGUUGGUGCAACGCUUGCAAAGUUAUUUACAGCUGAAUGCAGCAAAGUCCAUCACUCAAAUGCCAGUGGAAAUGCAAGAUGAGCAAACGCAUGCAGGCACAUUGGAGCAGAAAGCAAGCAGAAGCGAAAAAGCAGUUAGUGAAGCAAAAGCAUACGCUAAGAAAGAGGAACAUUCGCACGAGGAAUCAACACAAAUUGAGAUAAUUAAGGAAAAACUCUCACAAAUCGAGUCUGAAAUAGAAAAGUCAAUUCCCGCACCGCCGGGCGAGUCUUCUUUGGAUAAACUGAAUAUUCACGCCGCGAAUCCCCACUCUCAUUUCGAAAAGAGCAGCGAGAAAACAGAAAGUUCUUCAACUUCUAUAUCCAAAGUCGAGGAAAUGGGUAUCGUUUCAGCUGCCACCGGUGAAAAUCAUGGCAACGACGAUAGUCCUGAUGAUGACGAAAUAUUUCAAAAGCAUUCCUCUGCAAAGCACAAUGUGGAAAUGGAGGGAAAGCAACCCAAGGGCGAUGUUUAUGUCGAAUAUAUACAGGGACUUCCACACCUAACAGUGCCGCUGCCAAGCAGAAUGGAAAAAUGCCGUUUUGCUCUGAGGCCUGUCUCGCACAAAGUGGGCGAUUUAAUCGAAAUGUUGAAAAUUGAAGAUCACGGUAUUGAUCGAGCGGUUGUGCUGAAUAAAUGCGGUGUACGGAUAGCGUCCACAUGCGCCAUCGAUAGCCUUAUGGAUGAGCCAUUUUGGCUACAAAUAAAUGACAACAAAUAUGAAGUUAUUCCUCCCAAAAGGAAAAAACUCGACUCAGAAGACUUAAAGAGGCUAAGUGAUGUUAGAACUUUAGUAGCACAAUUAUACGAAGCUUUACACGUCGGCGAAUAUCAUUUGCACAAAGAGCAAGAGUUAGUGAAAAAAAUAGAAAAUUUAAAAUUUGAAAUAUCACCACUAGAAAUGGAAAAGCAAGAAUUAACAAAACUUGCGGAACGUAAAACUGUCAUCGCAACAUGGGUCGGUCUCAGCUUGAUGGCGGUGCAAUUUGGCGUUUUAGCGCGUCUCACCUGGUGGGAAUAUUCUUGGGAUAUCAUGGAACCCGUCACAUACUUUGUAACCUAUGGCACAACGAUGGCCAUAUAUGCCUACUACUGCCUAACAAAAACGGAAUACAAUUUCGAAUCGGCUAGAGAUCGCCUCUUCCUUAUAAGCAUACACAAAAAAGCCAAAAGGAAGAACUUUGACAUUGAGAAAUAUAAUAUUCUGAGACGCCAAAUAGCCGAAGCUGAAUACGAUUUACGUCGUCUGCGCGAUCCUAUCAAUUUGCAACUGCCGCCACAUAUUGAUCGUUCACAACGGAUUACAUCAAACGAGCCACCAACGAGUGUCACCAGCGAAAAGAAACCCGUCAGCUUCCGACUGCCCUUCUUAGAACCGAAAAAUUAAAUAAUUGUUAUACAUACAUACAUGCAUAUAAGCUGCACAAAUUAUGAUUUCAACAUAAAGACAAGCAACAACAGAAAUACAUACCAAUAAUGUUGAGUUUAACGAAAGCACAAACUGGCUGCAAGCAAAUACAUACAAACAAAUACAUACAUAUUAUUGAUAGAAGAAGCAUUGUACGUAAAUACAAACAGACAAACAGGCGCAUACACACAACAACCGAUAAGCAGAUUUACUUUAAUUUUAAGAAGUAGUUGUUGCAUAUAUAUGUAUAUGUAUGUAUUUACUAUACUAAUAAGAUUUGUUCAUCGUUCAUUUGUUCAGUGGUUUUAGUUAUUUUAUUUCUAUAUACAUAUGUAUGUACGUUGCUAUAAUCAAACCUAAUGAGAGUUGUUAUUUUUUGCCUUAACCCUUGUAUACCUAUCCAUAUUGAUUAGGAGAAUUUUAAGUGACCUUCCUAUUGCAUGUAUGUAUGUAAGUAUAUAUAUAUAUACGAAUGUUUAUGAGCUCGAUGGUUUUUUAAGCUAGUUAGAUUUUUAUUAAAUUAUAGAUAUUGUUGCAAGGCAAUUGUUUGGUUGUUUUAUCAACUUACAUACUUAAGGUGUAAUAAAUGACAAAAUCGCAAAUCAAAGACGGUAUAACUACUUACAUACAUACAUAUUAUGUACUGAAUUACCUAUCGACUAUGUAAUAAGCAUUCAUUGUUGGUGUAUAUUCGCUCAAAUGUGCUAAAACUUUAUCUAUAUGUUCACUAAGCCACGGAUGUAUACUUUUAUGUAUAAGUGUAAAUCUCAGCUGUAAACGCAUACUACCUUUACGUAUAGUUGUUAAAAACUGUUGUUAGCAGCCUUGUAAAAUAUCUACUACAUCCUUCUCACUAUUUAGUAAAUUUUAUGUUUAUUAUUUAUUUCUAAAGAAAAAUCAAACAAAAAUAACAACAACAAAAAACAAUGUACUAUAAUUUAAGCGGUUGAUUCAAAUAAAUGUUUAUUAUUUAAUAAUU